UUCAGGUUGCACGCGUCGCUUUGCGUUUUGUCGCGUGUGUUUCGCCGCGGAUUUACAGUUACAGUUACAGCUAACAAACUCGUGCCGUGUGCGCUUGAAUGCCAAAUUUAAUAGCCUCUGAGCCACAACAACAACCGUUAACGGCAACUAGCGUUUAAUUUAAAAACGUUUUCAAACUGAGAAGAAGCAACAAAAAAAACCGCAAAAGUAACUGAAAUAGAAACAUAUAUAAAACGCAAAUCGUUUACUUUCGUUUUUCCAACUUUCAUUUUUGUUUUGUCGCACUCGCACGAGUUUUCAUUGAAAAAAGUGUCACUGUCAGAGGCUGCGCUGUAUUACACAAAAGCUGCCAUUAGAAGGUGAUAACAAAUCGGGAGUUCAAUACGACAAGUUAUUACAAAUAAUACAAAAACAAAAAAAAAAGAAAAAAAAACUAGAAAAAAAAGCAACAACGACAACAACAAACACAACCAUUCGAUAUGGCGCUCAUGGACACCGCUUGGCGCUGCCGCCUGAUGAUAUUUGGAGUCGCAUCGCUGCUGCUGGUCGGCGAUCUCUUUGGCUACGGCGGUUACAGUGUGCGUGGCGUUAAAUCGGAUCAUCCGGAUGAGGUGGGCGUGCAGGGUGGGGGUCCCCCAACCGGACCCGCUCCGGCUGCCAAGUUUCAGCAGAAGAAUGCCGAAAUCGACAUAGGCGAAGAGCACGACUUUGAUGAGUUUUCGGCUGCAGCUGCACUCAAGCCCGUGGCAGCUGCGGCUAUCACUGGAGCCAGCCUGAAGACCAAAACACAGCUGUCGGAUACCAUCAAGGAGUCGUGUCUGCCCAAGAUGCUGUGCGAGCUGGCUGCCAAGCCGGAGUACCAGCUGAGCGAAAAGGAGCGCGAGCUGCUCAGAUUGAUAAGAUCGCCGACUAUGCCCUGGAUGAUGAAUAUGCCGCCGAGCAAAUGGUAUUUCGCUGCCCAUAUGGGUGAACUGAUGCGUCACUCUAGCGACAAUCUGAGCGGUCCCAUGGGCUGUGCCAAUCUCUGGCCCAACUGCCCCAUCAGCUCCAAGAAGCUGAUGAAACUGAGCUAUAAGGUGCGCGUUUAGUUGAUGCCAGCCAAUGUGAUCAUAGAUUAUUAAAUUAAGCACUAGAUGUAGUAGGCGUACGCACACACGCACACACACAUACAGACGAAUAUCGCACACACACACACACACCUACACAUAAAGAUGAUGAUGAUUGUAUACUGACGCUGAAGAGACUUACCUAUUGUACCAUAAAUUUUUCGCUCUCCAAGGCCCUCGGCUGGCUGCCAAGCAUUGACAAGUGCCUCCACAGUGCUGGAGCCUGUGACGGCAUGACUGAUGUGACAAUUUGUAAUUCGUAUCGAUUAGCUAGCUCUAAGUGCGCUAAUUAGUCAUUAAGCGUGCCUAGUCUAUCUCAAUUAUAUUUUAGUUAACUUAGCCUUAGUUCAAUGCGCGUGUAAUUGUAAAUAAAUGCAUAUUGUUAUUUAAUAUGAA